AGCCGGAGAGCGGAGCUUUGCUCGCGCCUCAGCCCAGGAACUUUUCUCGUUCCUCGGGGGAAAGCGAGGGCGCGCCUCUGAGUGCGUGCAGAGCGCGCUCCCUCCGAGUAGCCAUCCUUUGCCAGGCGGAGGUGAAGGGUUUACACCGCGGAAAGUGGCUUUGAAGAUUCGCCCCACCAUGCGAAGGCGCCCUUCUUUCCCUCUCAGACAAGCGCGCGGAGGUCGCUCUCCAGACCCGCCCUGGCGCGCGCUCUUUGGCGUCGUCUGGGAAGGGGAUGAGCCACGGGAAGCGCCUCAGGCCGCCAGAGAGCGUGGCUUUUGUUACCGCGGACUCGAAACGCCGCACCUACAGACACACCUCUCCUCUCCCCUUCAAUGCGUACCGGCCAAGGGAGCCUCCUGCCGGCAGGGCGAUUUGCACCCACGCGGCCCCGCUAGCGAAGGUGGCUGCCGAAGCCGACAGAGGUAUACAGGCAACAGAAGCUGCAAAACUCUUGCCGCCUGCAAUCAAAAAUGCCUCCUUGUGGCUUUUUACCUGAAAAAUAUGAGUCCUAUCCCUAUGAGCAGAUGCUGAAGAUCCGCAAGCAGAAUGUGUCCCCUUCCUUGCUCACUUACUACAAGAAGCCACUGCUUAUCCAUCAGGGGCAUAUGCAGUGGGUGUUCGACUUGGAAGGACGUCGGUACCUUGAUCUCUUUGCUGGAAUUGCCACUGUUAGUGUUGGUCACUGCCACCCAAAGGUAACAGCAGCUGCCCAGAAACAGCUUGGUCGCUUGUGGCACACAAGCAGCCUCUAUGCGCAUGCAGCAAUCCAGGAAUAUGGAGAGAAAUUGGCCUCAUUGCUUCCAGCUCCCUUAAAGGUGAUUUUCCUAACCAACAGUGGUUCGGAAGCCAAUGACCUCGCCAUGUUAAUGGCAAGGAUUUUUACACGCAACUUUGAUAUCAUUGGAUUGAGAGGAGGCUACCACGGGAGCAGCGCUUACACAAUGGGCUUGUCAUCUAUUGGAUGUUACAAACACGGAGUUGCCAAUGGGCUUGGCUGCCAAAAGACAAUGCUGCCUGACGUUUUUCGUGGUCCCUGGGGGGGAAGCCAUUGUCGAGAUUCUCCGGUGCAAACCAUUCGAAAAUGCACCUGUUCUGCAGGCACUUGCCAUGCAAAAGACCAGUAUAUUGAGCAGCUCAAAGACACUCUCACGACUUGUGUUCCAAAGGCCAUAGCUGGAUUUAUUGCUGAGCCAAUUCAAGGUGUCAACGGAACAGUUCAGUACCCCAAGGGAUUCCUGAAAGAGGCUUUUCAGCUAGUGCGUGAAAAAGGUGGUGUGUGCAUCGCAGAUGAAGUUCAGACGGGGUUUGGUCGAACAGGCAGCCAUUUCUGGGGAUUUGAAGGACACGAUGUGGUUCCUGACAUUGUCACCAUGGCAAAGGGAAUUGGCAACGGGUUUCCAAUGGCAGCCGUUGUCAGUACAGCAGAGAUUGCAGAAGCCUUGGCUCAAAGUCUACAUUUCAACACAUUUGGAGGAAAUCCUGUGGCCUGUGCAGUUGGGUCUGCAGUUCUGGAUGCAAUAGCAGAAGACGGCUUGCAGAAAAACAGCGAGGAGGUGGGGACUCGCCUCCUGUUAAAGCUGGCUAAGCUGCGCGAUGAGUUUGAAAUAGUUGGAGAUGUCCGUGGCAAAGGACUUAUGAUUGGAAUAGAGAUGGUCAAGAAUAAGGAGACUCGUCAGCCGCUUCCAGUUGAAGAGAUAAACCAAAUCAUGGAAGAUUGCAAAGAUAUGGGAUUGCUGAUUGGGCGGGGAGGAAUGUUUUUCCAGACGUUUAGAAUCAAACCUCCGCUGUGCAUCACUAAGGAAGACGCAGACUUCGCCCUGGGAGUUUUCCAUGCCGCUUUAACAAGACACAGGGAAAGAACAGCAAAGGCAAAAUAAGUGCCCCAUUCGCUGUCAUGCUGAAGAACAAACAUCCCUGAGACUGAACUGCCGCAGCUGGCAAAUUGCAACCGGUUGACAUGUUUAUUGUAGCAGCCCAUUUGCUGCCCCAACUUGUGCCAUCUGAAGACUCGGUAGUUGCAGCAAGCCUCCUGAGCAACGAGAUUUAUGGUUUGUAUAAAUCAUCAGAUGACCCAGUUUUUGUGGUCUUUCGAUUUCCUUAAACGUAUGUCGAGCUGCUUUGGUUUUAUUUGCGAUUCUCCGUGCUUUAUAGAUAUAUUUGUAUACAUGCCUGUAGUAUAGAAAUGAAAUAACAGUAAUGCUGCUACCAGUCCCUAGAAUGUGAGUGACAGCUGCCCUUCUUUAAGCAGCUGGGGGGGCACAUCCAAUGGGCACCUGUCCAUUGGGGUUCCCAUUCAUUUUGUGGAUUCAAGCAGUGCCUGUGUGGCUUCCCAGUCAGAAGCCAGGCAGCCAAUGGUUUUAACACCCUUUAAAACAGCUGUCACCACUGUGGGGCCAUCCAGAUGUUUUGAACUCCCAUCAGCUGGCAGGAGUUCCUAGUCUAAAACCUCUGGGGUGCACCAGGCUGGCAGAAGCCAAUUUUAAACUGUAAAUGGCAUGGCUGGAACUCACCCCCAUGCUGCAAUAGCUAAAUCAGGACCAGAAUCCACUUUUCCACAUGUCUUAUUAAUUUAGCCCAGUUCUGAAUGAUGUACAGUGGUACAUUGGGUUAAUUUGUUCCGGAGGUCCGUACUUAACCUGAAACUGUUCUUAACCUGAAGCACCACUUUAGCUAAUGGGGCCUCCUGCCGCUGCCGUGCCACCACCACGCGAUUUCUGUUCUCAUCCUGAAGCAAAGUUCUUAACCCUAAGUACUAUUUCUGGGUUAGCGGAGUCUGUAACCUGAAGCGUAUGUAACCCGAGUUACCAGUGUAUAAGGACGGGGGAGUCAAGGAACUGCUUAGAACAGCAUGCACUAAAAAUGGACUGCAGUGUACAGUAAAAUAAUUUAUUGCUU